GGCUCGAAGAUUUCGGGAGCGGCGGCCAAGGCCGAGAUGGUCAAGAGCAAGCUGCCCAAUUCGGUGCUGGGUAAAGUUUGGAAGCUUUCCGACUUGGACAAGGACGGCAUGUUGGACGCCGACGAGUUUGCGCUCGCCAUGCACCUCAUCAGCGUCUACAUCGGCUCCUUCUGGGACCAGCCGCUGAGGUACGACUCGAACCGCAAGCUGUUCGAGGCCGAGGAGCAAGACCUCUUCAACGACAUCCAGGGGCUGCCGCGCAACGCGGCGCUACGCAAGCUCAACGGCCUCAUCAAGCGGGCCAGGCUGGCUAAGGUCCACGCGCACAUCAUCAGCUCGCUGCGCAAGGAGAUGCCGUCCAUGUUCGGCAAGGACAGCAAGAAGAAGGAGCUGAUCAAGGGACUGGGCAACCUGUACGCCGAGAUCCAGCGCGAGCAGCAGAUCUCGCCGGGCGACUUCCCGGACCUGCGCGAGAUGCAGGAGAAGCUGGCGCAGCACGACUUCACCAAGUUCCACGCGCUCAAGCCCCGACUCCUGGAGACGGUGGACCGCAUGCUAGCGGAGGACAUAGCCCAGCUGAUGGCCAUGAUACCGCACGAACAGACCGAGCAGCGGGACGACGAACAGCGGGUCAAAGGUGGAGCGUUCGACGGGCUGGAGCAGAGUCCUUUCGGCUACGGUCGCGGAGAAGGCGUGGAUGCCGGGUCCCUGGAGCCGGACUGGAUCGUGGCCCGGGAACGGUUCAAGUACGAUGAGCUCUUCAGCGCGCUGGGACCCGUGGACGGCAAGAUUUCGGGAGCGGCGGCCAAGGCCGAGAUGGUCAAGAGCAAGCUGCCCAAUUCGGUGCUGGGUAAAGUUUGGAAGCUUUCCGACUUGGACAAGGACGGCAUGUUGGACGCCGACGAGUUUGCGCUCGCCAUGCACCUCAUCAGCGUCAAAGUGGCCGGUCACGAUCUGCCCACAGAGUUGCCAGAACAUCUGGUACCGCCGUCGAAGAGGGCGACCCACUAG